AUGUUUCUUCCACUUUCAAUAGCAGGAUUAUUUUUGAUUCUACAAACCGUCAAAUGCCAAAUCAACGAUGCAGCUCUCCAGGACACGGUGCUUAAACUUCACAAUGGAUAUAGACGGAUUCAGAUGGCUUCUAAUAUGAAGAAACUGGUGUGGGAUAACAAUCUGGCGUCGGAGGCCGCCAAGUGGACAAGCAACUGUAUUUACGAGUUUCGGUACGGCAGUCAUGGCGAGAACAUGUACUACUUUGAGUCGAGUCUACCCGACAACGUUCUGCUCGAGCGCGCCAUAGAUGCUUGGUAUAGCGAGCGGUACUCGUGGCGCAUGUCCGGGGACUGCGCGGAAGCCUGUAGUUACACGCAGCUUGUAUGGGCGAAAACUCAACGGAUAGGUUGUGCUAUUACAAAAUGCCAGGAGUUGACCAUGCCGGAGGAGUUCAUCCCGGGAGCCUGGUUCCUCUACUGUCUAUAUGAUCCUAAGGGAAAUACGUUCGGGGAUCUUCCUUACAGCAAGGGCGAGACUUGCCAGAAGUGUGACGCUAAAGAAGUGUGUUCAGACAAGCUCUGCGCAGAUAAAUUUCCGACUGCACCAACCAUUCAGCAACCGGUGGAGACCACUCUACCUCCCACGUUGUCAAGUGAACAGCUAUCAAGAGGAUUACAAUCAUCAAACACGGAAUUGACGAAGCUGGAGCACCAACACAGAACUGCACUGGAGACACAACAAGUCCUGCUACAGGAAACGCUCAAAAAACAGAGGGCGCUAGAGGAGCAGCUCCGCACCCAACAGAAGCUGAUAGAGCAGACAUUACUGGCAGGAAAAGGUCCGUCAAAGACAGUCCACUUGGCCUGGGCUAAGGACCCUGUAGUUACCACCCCACAGUCGGUCCGACAAUGGAACCGUGGCUUCUCCACGGAAGCGACGAUUCGUCGGCGACUGGAAGCAGACCCGGGAUCUAACAGAAAUAGGAUGGCGUCGUCGUCGUUUUCUGGGAUGCGCGCUGGACCGACGGACGACAAGACGGAACAUGGCAGGAGGUACGUUCAAAUGACGUCAAGAAACGACAGAGAUUCCCGCCGGAAACCCGUCUCCGACACCCAGGAGGCGAGUUUCUUUAACCUCCAACGUCCACGAAAUAGGUUCACUUCUGUGCGACUUUGGCAACCAACAACAACGCGUGCGCCGAAGUUUGUUUUGAACCCUCAGCCCAAAAUAUCGACCUUACAGAAAACCGUCACCAGCAUGAGGCCGCUUAAACCAAAUACAAACAAGGUCGCCUUGACGAUAGGCAACGGAAACGUCAUGAAAUUCACCUACAAACCAUCCUCGUCCUUAGUUUCGACGUCUCAGAGAGAAAAGGCAAUAAAAGACAGACGGGUUAAAGCGAUACCUAGAGAAAAUGCCCGUCCAUCUUUAAGUUUAACUGACUUUAAAGGGCGAAACACAGCGCUAGCCAGCCAGAACCAGUUAGAUUUGUCGGCUUCUGACAACUUUCGUUUCGGGGGUGCCAGAGCGGUGGAGAGCCAAUUAGCGUCCUCUAGCGCCUUGCGAUCCCAAGGGCGACAACACACAUCCCUCAGUAUCUAUCAAACCCAUUCUUCUAGUCAAGUCACGGAAAAGAAAGAGACCAUGUCCAGCAGCGUACAGUCCCAGGGAAGAGAGCAGUCUAAGAGCAAUAACUUCCAAUCACAGCAAAGUUCUAUUGCAAGCAUGGCCUCCCAGCAACAAGCGUCCGCAUCAAGCGGUGGACAAAUCCAAGAGCGCCAAAACCCAGACUUCCGGUCACGCAGAGUGUUUACUUCCCGUACAAUAGCACCUUCUACCACCGCUGCUCCCUAUGUUCCCCCGCCCCCUACUCUGCCUCCAACCACCAUCCCACUGGAUUGUGUAGACAAGGACGUAUACUGCCCCUACUGGAAAGUCUAUUGUGAAAGAAAUUCAUACGUCUUUGAGAACUGUCGUCGGACAUGCAAGUCGUGCUACGUCCCACCACCUCCCAUAAUUCCACUUCCUCCAGCAGAAAAACUGACUCCAUCCAAUGGUGAACAGCAGUACCAAGAGACAAGGACACAAUACCAAGAGACAUCACAACACACCCAGGAGUACCAAAUUCAGCAACAAUCAACCAGAACACAGCAGCAAACUCAACAAGCUGUACAAGAAAGCAUUCAACAACCCAACUACAUCCAGCAAACUAUCAUUCAAGAGCAACCAAAUGUAAAACAGAGUGUUCGAUUGGACCAAAGUUUUCAGCAACAGGCCUCUAUCCAGUCGAGCAACCAGCAGGCCCAACAGUAUCAGGAACAGUACAUGGUGCAGCAACCUCAAUCGGGUUUCAACCAACAGCCACAAAUCAUUCAGCAACCUCAACCUAUCUAUCAGCAACCCCAAACGCAAGUUCAAGUACCGGUAUAUCAGCAGUCUGGUUUUCAGCAAUAUGACGGUCUAGGGGGAGUGCAACCUCAAGUGAACUAUAACCAGCAACAAGCUUAUGAUUAUGCUCAACCAACGGCAUCAAUCCAAUCAUGGCACGGAGGAAUGGGAGAGCAACGGAAUAUCCAUGGCAGCAAUAUGCAUAUAAACUUCCAACAAAAGACGGCCUCUCAUUCACUUCAAACAGGCAAUCAAAUUCACGGACAGCAACAAUUUCCAGAACCUCAAACUCCCACACCCACCCAGGCAUUACCAUUAGAGUUUCGUGGACACACUCCAGCCACAGCAAAUUUCAAAAAGAAACCUAUUAAACAGCGAGAACCAGUAGGGGAGAUUAGCCCGCAUAUUAAGAUUCAAGAGGCGCCGCCAGAGGGCAUGGAACCCAUAACGACAACUCCUACCACGACUUCAACUACAGCAGCAACAACCACACCAACAACUACACCAACAACCACAACCACCACAACAACAACCACAACCACAAAACGUCCGACAACUCGUCCUCCGACACGCCCACCAACACGACCACCGGCUCGACUGCCGACGCACCCACCACAACGCUUCUUUAAUAACCAGAAUAUGUAUGGUGUCAACCAAUACUACCCCACUGACAAUCUGUACAACUACCAAAAUCAAAACGUUCGAUUCCAAAAUACAAAUGCCCAAUUCCAACAGGUUCAACAAACCAGUAAUAUGCAGACAAAUCAAAUCUAUAACCAAAAUAUGGCUGUGGGUUUUCAACCGAACUUUGCUACCCGACAACAUAUUUACAGGCAGACAACACCAGCCCCAAUCAUCUAUCAACAACAGAUGAUCCAACAAAACACACCAGCGCCAAUUAUCUAUCAACAACAGAACAGACAACAAAAUACGCAAGCUAGAAACAACAUUUUUAGACGAGCACAAGUUCAAAGUCAGUCACUUGGCUUAAAUACGCCAAUUCGUUCUUCAGUAACAUAUCCACCACCCGCCAUUUUGUCGUCCAAAAAACAGCAGGCCAAAAUCAACCUGCAGUACCAGCAGCAACAGCAAUACCAGCAACAACAAAAACGGCAGCAGCAACAGCAACAAAGACAAUUUAUAAACGCACCAGUGAAUCAGAACGUACAAUAUCAGAAACAACAGUCUACUAACUUAUUCAGUAGCGCCCUUAUGGGGGCAAACUUCGGCCAAGCUAACAUAAACCUAGCGAACAACCUUGGAACACAGCCAGGUCAGUACCAGCGGGUGCAGGCGGCCAGUGACGUCAACUGGUACUACUCGGUGUCCACGCGACCACCAAAUGUUCCCACAGAGCCAUUUCCCACACAACCUCUGUUAGAUCUUAAUUUAAAACUUUAUGAAAACUCUCACAUGGGUUUACAAUCAAACUCCACGGCGGCUGUUCGGCGGUCGGUUUGUGUGGACGUGGAUGCACGGUGUCCCCAGUGGACGCAGUGGUGCGGAAUCGACGAGUAUGUGGAUAAUAACUGUAGGAAACUGUGUAAAAACUGCAGGUGAUGACGGGGCUCUCGCAGUCUGACGUAAUAAACUUCCUUCAACGGAAGCAUCAACGAGAAAUGAACCUUUGGGCGGAGUUGUCGCCCUUUCCAUUCCAGACGUCAUCAUCUCGGACUAAGCGAGGGCGUGAAUUGGAAGAUGUGUGUCUCGGCGUAUUCGUCGAUGAAAAGAAUGAUUGCUGUGUGCUGUUGAUUGUGCUUUCACUUUUUUUUCACUUUAAACUACUAUAUUUCAUAAUUUUUAAGAAGCUAUAUUAUUUAUGAUAUUUGGGUUGUGUCCUUCCUUCGGGUAGAUACAAGAUUUUUUAACUCUAAGUUAUCGCUAACAUAAUCACAUUCAUCCCAUGUAUCAUUGAUAUAUUAUUUCACCUGUCUCUGAAUCUUGGUUUCUAGUGCUAGUGUUUUUGUAAAUAUACAGAGUUCUGAAAGUGUUAUUGCUUUGAAUGAAAACAUUCUUAUU